AUGGUAGUAUUUCGGUGCCUAGCUGAGAAGAAGAUCAAAUCCCUCAAGUUUGACACGAUGGUGAUCGAGGCUCCUCGAGCGAAAGACGAAAAAGAGGUGAGUCAUCGCCGGGUCGUCAUGAUGCUUGACCAGUUAGCGGAUGCAGGUAAGACCUAUCUUAAGAUAAUGCUAUUACAAUUACAAGCACGGUUCCCCAAAGCCACAAAGGGAGUCAUGCUACUCGACCCUCGUACUAAGUCAAGUGCCAAGAAAAUUGCUGCUGUUGGCAAUUUCUCCCACAAAGAAGAGAAGGCUAUUUAUAAAAAAUGGUAUAGACUUCUUUGGAGAUAA